CACUUCCGGUGGAGGGCCGCCUCUGAGCGGGCGGCGGGCCGACGGCGAGCGCGGGCGGCGGCGGUGACGGAGGCGCCGCUGCCAGGGGGCGUGCGGCAGCGCGGCGGCGGCGGCGGCGGCGGCGGAGGCGGAGGCGGCGGCGGAGGCGGCGGCGGAGGCGGCGGCGGCUGGGCCUCGAGCGCCCGCAGCCCACCUCUCGGGGGCGGGCUCCCGGCGCUAGCAGGGCUGAAGAGAAGAUGGAGGAGCUGGUGGUGGAAGUGCGGGGCUCCAAUGGCGCUUUCUACAAGGCAUUUGUAAAGGAUGUUCAUGAAGAUUCAAUAACAGUUGCAUUUGAAAACAACUGGCAGCCUGAUAGGCAGAUUCCAUUCCAUGAUGUCAGAUUCCCACCUCCUGUAGGUUAUAAUAAAGAUAUAAAUGAAAGUGAUGAAGUUGAGGUGUAUUCCAGAGCAAAUGAAAAAGAGCCUUGCUGUUGGUGGUUAGCUAAAGUGAGGAUGAUAAAGGGUGAGUUUUAUGUGAUAGAAUAUGCAGCAUGUGAUGCAACUUACAAUGAAAUUGUCACAAUUGAACGUCUAAGAUCAGUUAAUCCCAACAAACCUGCCACAAAAGAUACUUUCCAUAAGAUCAAGCUGGAUGUGCCAGAAGACUUACGACAAAUGUGUGCCAAAGAGUCGGCACAUAAGGAUUUUAAAAAGGCAGUUGGUGCCUUUUCUGUAACUUAUGAUCCAGAAAAUUAUCAGCUUGUCAUUUUGUCCAUCAAUGAAGUCACCUCAAAGCGAGCACAUAUGCUGAUUGACAUGCACUUUCGGAGUCUGCGCACUAAGUUGUCUCUGAUAAUGAGAAAUGAAGAAGCUAGUAAGCAGCUGGAGAGUUCAAGGCAGCUUGCCUCGAGAUUUCAUGAACAGUUUAUCGUAAGAGAAGAUCUGAUGGGUCUAGCUAUUGGUACUCAUGGUGCUAAUAUUCAGCAAGCUAGAAAAGUACCUGGGGUCACUGCUAUUGAUCUAGAUGAAGAUACCUGCACAUUUCAUAUUUAUGGAGAGGAUCAGGAUGCAGUGAAAAAAGCUAGAAGCUUUCUCGAAUUUGCUGAAGAUGUAAUACAAGUUCCAAGGAACUUAGUAGGCAAAGUAAUAGGAAAAAAUGGAAAGCUGAUUCAGGAGAUUGUGGACAAGUCAGGAGUUGUGAGGGUGAGGAUUGAGGCUGAAAAUGAGAAAAAUGUUCCACAAGAAGAGGAAAUUAUGCCACCAAAUUCCCUUCCUUCCAAUAAUUCAAGGGUUGGACCUAAUGCCCCAGAAGAAAAAAAACAUUUAGAUAUAAAGGAAAACAGCACCCAUUUUUCUCAGCCUAACAGUACAAAAGUCCAGAGGGUGUUAGUGGCUUCAUCAGUUGUAGCAGGGGAAUCCCAGAAACCUGAACUCAAGGCUUGGCAGGGUAUGGUACCAUUUGUUUUUGUGGGAACAAAGGACAGCAUCGCUAAUGCCACUGUUCUUUUGGAUUAUCACCUGAACUAUUUAAAGGAAGUAGACCAGUUGCGUUUGGAGAGAUUACAAAUUGAUGAGCAGUUGCGACAGAUUGGAGCUAGUUCUAGACCACCACCAAAUCGUACAGAUAAGGAAAAAAGCUAUGUGACUGAUGAUGGUCAAGGAAUGGGUCGAGGUAGUAGACCUUACAGAAAUAGGGGGCACGGCAGACGCGGUCCUGGAUAUACUUCAGGAACUAAUUCUGAAGCAUCAAAUGCUUCUGAAACAGAAUCUGACCACAGAGACGAACUCAGUGAUUGGUCAUUAGCUCCAACAGAGGAAGAGAGGGAGAGCUUCCUGCGCAGAGGAGACGGACGGCGGCGUGGAGGGGGAGGAAGAGGACAAGGAGGAAGAGGACGUGGAGGAGGCUUCAAAGGAAACGACGAUCACUCCCGAACAGAUAAUCGUCCACGUAAUCCAAGAGAGGCUAAAGGAAGAACAACAGAUGGAUCCCUUCAGAAGAAGACAUGAUAGGAUUGUGAGUUUUUCUCUAACUUUGGAUGCAGUGAGAUGACCAGUGUGUUCCAGUUAAAGAAGAAGAGUGUUUUAAAAUCAUAAACCAAAUAAAGAAUCCUACCUUACAUUAAUUUCUUGCACUUCUUCUGUUCUCAUCUCCAUUUCUCUUUUUAACAUGUGGAAUUUACACUUCAGGCUUAAAUUUCUUGUCAGGCCAAUUACAGAUUACAGUAGGAUAUGGUCUGUGUAUAUAACAACUAUAACUUGUUUUAGAUCAGAGUUGACUGCAAUAAUGAAAGGAGUGUCCACACUAAAACAUUACAGAAUACCUCCAGUGAAGGUAGUCGGCUGCGCACGGGUAAAGAUCGUAACCAGAAGAAAGAAAAGCCAGACAGCGUGGAUGGUCAGCAACCACUCGUGAAUGGAGUACCCUAAACUGCAUAAUUCUGAAGUUAUAUUUCCUAUACCAUUUCCGUAAUUCUUAUUCCAUAUUAGAAAACUUUGUUAGGCCAAAGACAAAUAGUAGGCAAGAUGGCACAGGGCAUGAAAUGAACACAAAUUAUGCUAAGAAUUUUUUAUUUUUUGGUAUUGGCCAUAAGCAACAAUUUUCAGAUUUGCACAAAAAGAUACCUUAAAAUUUGAAACAUUGCUUUUAAAACUACUUAGCACUUCAGGGCAGAUUUUAGUUUUAUUUUCUAAAGUACUGAGCAGUGAUAUUCUUUGUUAAUUUGGACCAUUUUCCUGCAUUGGGUGAUCAUUCACCAGUACAUUCUCAGUUUUUCUUAAUAUAUAGCAUUUAUGGUAAUCAUAUUAGACUUCUGUUUUCAAUCUCGUAUAGAAGUCUUCACGAAAUGCUAUGUCAUUUCAUGUCCUGUGUCAGUUUAUGUUUUGGUCCACUUUUCCAGUAUUUUAGUGGACCCUGAAAUGUGUGUGAUGUGACACUUGUCAUUUUCAUUAGCAAAAAAAGUUGUAUGAUCUGUGCCUUUUUUAUAUCUUGGCAGGUAGGAAUAUUAUAUUUGGAUGCAGAGUUCAGGGAAGAUAAGUUGGAAACACUAAAUGUUAAAGAUGUAGCAAACCCUGUCAAACAUUAGUACUUUAUAGAAGAAUGCAUGCUUUCCAUAUUUUUUUCCUUACAUAAACAUCAGGUUAGGCAGUAUAAAGAAUAGGACUUGUUUUUGUUUUUGUUUUGUUGCACUGAAGUUUGAUAAAUAGUGUUAUUGAGCGAGAUGUGUAAUUUUUCUGUAUAGACAGGAGAAGAAAGAACUAUCUUCAUUUGAGAGAGGCUAAAAUGUUUUCAGCUAGGAACAAAUCUUCCUGGUCGAAAGUUAGUAGGAUAUGCCUGCUCUUUGGCCUGAUGACCAAUUUUAACUUAGAGCUUUUUUUUUUUAAUUUUGUCUGCCCCAAGUUUUGUGAAAUUUUUCAUAUUUUAAUUUCAAGCUUAUUUUGGAGAGAUAGGAAGGUCAUUUCCAUGUAUGCAUAAUAAUCCUGCGAAGUACAGGUACUUUGUCUAAGAAACAUUGGAAGCAGGUUAAAUGUUUUGUAAACUUUGAAAUAUAUGGUCUAAUGUUUAAGCAGAAUUGGAAAAGACUAAGAUCGGUUAACAAGUAAUAACUUUUUUUUCUUUUUUUUUCAUUUGUUUUUUGAAGUGUUGGGGUUUGGUUUUGUUUUUUGAAUCUUUUUUUUUUUAAGUGAAAUUUAUUGAGGAAAAAUAUGUGAAGGACCUUCACUCUAAGAUGUUAUAUUUUUCUUAAAAAGUAACUCCUAGUAGGGGUACCACUGAAUCUGUACAGAGCCGUAAAAACUGAAGUUCUGCCUCUGAUGUAUUUUGUGAGUUUGUUUCUUUGAAUUUUCAUUUUACAGUUACUUUUCCUUGCAUACAAACAAGCAUAUAAAAUGGCAACAAACUGCACAUGAUUUCACAAAUAUUAAAAAGUCUUUUAAAAAGUAUUGCCAAACAUUAAUGUUGAUUUCUAGUUAUUUAUUCUGGGAAUGUAUAGUAUUUGAAAACAGAAAUUGGUACCUUGCACACAUCAUCUGUAAGCUGUUUGGUUUUAAAAUACUGUAGAUAAUUAACCAAGGUAGAAUGACCUUGUAAUGUAACUGCUCUUGGGCAAUAUUCUCUGUACAUAUUAGCGACAACAGAUUGGAUUUUAUGUUGACAUUUGUUUGGUUAUAGUGCAAUAUAUUUUGUAUGCAAGCAGUUUCAAUAAAGUUUGAUCUUCCUCUGCUAAAUUGAUGUUGAUGCAAUCCUUACAAAUGAUUGCUUUUAAAAUUUUAAGCUAGGAAAAGAAAUCUAUAGAAAGUGUUCUGUUACAAAAUGUAACUGUUACCAUUGGAAAUUUCACGUCAUAAGAAGUUAGCCUUUAUCUACCAACUUUCAAAAACUUGUUUAAUAAAGUGAAAAACUCAACCAAAUGGUACAAAACCACAGUGUACCAUUAAAAUAUGCACUAAGUCUCUUUUUUACAAAGGCUGUAUUCAGCAAGGCGCUAACUUGCUUAAAUGUGAAUUACUAACUUCUAAAACUGUACUUUGAUUCACAUGUUUUCAAAUGGAGUUGGAGUUCAUUCAUAUUACAAUAUUUGUGUGCUAAACGUGUAUGUUUUUCAGUUCAAAGUCAUGAUGUUUUUAAAAUCUUAUUAAAGUUUCAAAAAUCUGAAGAUUGUUUA